UUUCAAAGAUGGAAGUCUUGAAUUGAAAAGAAAACGAGGCAGGAUCCAUUUUGUGCCGCUGACCAGUGAGAGCGCUGCGCUUGUUUUUGCUUGGUAACAAAAAAACUUUGCAAAUGGCGCCGGGAACUCUAAAUCAGGCUGACCUGGACCCAGGCAAUGCUUCCAAUACUAUAAUAUUUGACUGUUCAAAGAAAGAGCUCCUCAAUCCAAGCAAUGGAUUCAAAUCUUGGACAAGGAAGCUAAAAACAAAUUGGAAAAUCAUUACGAAUAAAGAUGAAAUCAGCCUUGAUAAGCUUACUGCUGGAAGGGUUCUUGUUUUGGCAGCACCAAGGGAAAAAUUCAAAGCUAGUGAGUUUGAAGCUAUAAAGCAGUUUGUCGAUAAAGGAGGCAAUGUUAUUGUUAUGAUGAGUGAAGGUGGCGAAAAUUCAUUAAAAACAAACAUCAAUUUCCUGCUAGAAGAUUAUGGUAUCAUGGUUAAUUCAGAUGCUGUUGUGAGAACAAGUUAUUAUAAGUACUUUGUACCAAAAGAGGCUUUUGUGCCAAAUGGGGUUUUGAAUAGAGAGAUAAAUAAAGCAGCUGGUAAGAAAAUUCCUGGAUCAUCAGUCUCUGCUAGUGAUGUGACUCAAGGACAUGAAUGCUUGAGUUUUGUUUACCCCUAUGGUGCAACACUGACUGUUGAUAAGCGUGCUGUAUCAGUCUUGUCGACUGGAAGUGUGUGCUUUCCAUUAAACAGACCAAUUUGUGCUUUCCACUCUUCCAAGGGUUCAAAAGGGAAAUUGGUUGUAUUAGGUUCAGUGCAUAUUUUCAGUGAUCAAUAUAUAGACAAGGAGGAAAACAACAAAGUGCAGGAUGUUAUUUUGAGAUGGCUCACCACGGAUGAUUUCCAGUUAAAUAACAUAGAUGCUGAAGACCCAGAGAUCUCGGAUUAUUACUUCAUCCCAGACAGUACCCAAUUAAGUGAAAGACUGAGAGUUUGUCUUCAAGAAGGAGACGAGAUUCCAAGGGAUCACACACAGUUAUUCCACGAAAAUUUAUUCACCUUGGACACGAACUCUGUUGCUUCAGUAGUCAGAGCGUUUGAAGAGUUGAAAGUCAAACACGAGCAGCUGCAGCUGAUAACACCCCAGUUUGAAACUCCGUUGCCUCCAUUACAGCCCGCUGUUUUUCCUCCACAAUUUCGCGAGUUGCCACCGCCAGCACUGGACUUGUUUGAUUUAGACGAGGCAUUUUCAUCGGAGAAAUCAAGACUUGCACAAAUCACAAACAAAUGUAAUGACGAAGAUCUUGAGUAUUACGUAAGGGAAUGCGGAGAAAUUCUUGGCGUUACAAGUAAACUUGCUCCGGAGUCACGUGAUGCCAAGCACAUUCUUGAACAUAUAUUUGCUCAAGUUGUCGAAUUCAAAAAACUAAACCAGGACGAACCUGAGCCGGAUAUGCUAGAUGGAGGAGACGUGCAUUUCUCUUAAAAGGACUGUUUGUACCAUAAUGUAAAAAUUAGAAGAAUGCGAAAAUGUUAAUGACCUUUCGUUGAAUAAAGUAAGGGAGAAGAUCAUAUAGAUUAUAAUUAGCUUAAAAAUUAUCCUAGUAGAAGGAAGGUCAGAUAAAUCAGAAGGUUCUGAACGUUCUUAAGGAAAGAUUACCUGAAAGGAAGGAAGGUUUUGGAAUUCAGAACGUUCGUAAUUAAGGCAAACUUCUAGUUCUUUAUAUCACAAAUGAAAGUAAAAAAUUGUUGUAGCCAUGAAAGUGCUCUCCGGUGCUCAAUUAAAUUAAUGUAAUUAUGUUUUGUUUGGAAAAUUUCCCCACAUAUCAAAUGAUUCCCUACCCUUUUCAUGACCGGGUGUUUCAACCGUCCAUUGCAUAUGUCAAAAUGGACAAUCAGUGGAGAUAUAGAUUAGUGCUUAAACAAACUUAUAAAACAGUUGUCUUUAGCCUCUAUUCUUUGUUCUUCAUUGUCUGUUUCCGUUUAUUGGUCACUCUGUCUUGAUUUAUAGAAACAGUACCAUCCCUCUAGCUAUUACAACCCUCCCUCAAAUUAUAGGCUGGAAUCUAAUAACGUAAUGAAAGAAAUAGAAUGGGUUGUAUCAGUUCGAGAAAAGACCCUCUUUCCAUUAUAACUCCCCAUAUUUGACAGGUCUCUUCUCUCUGGCUUUUUAUACUCUGAAAAUGGCUCUACUUGGGCUGCCAAUCAAGCUUCUGACCCCAAAGGUAAAAUAUUUACUGAAUCAAUAAGAAAUAAGUUUAUGUUGCCCUGUCUAAUCAAAUUUUUAUCGAUACAGCAUCGCACUCUACAUUUGAAGUGAAUUGCCUGCCAGUCAUGGUUGUUUUAACGCUAAUCAAAUUUGCAAAUGGGACUUUUCGUUACACAAACCUUCUGUUCCAAUGAAUGUAGUGAUUUGAUACUUCUACAGAAUUGCACUUUUAAUUAUAUUUAAGUUUGUAUAAUAUGUUAUAAUGCAAGUUGACAAUUUAAA